AUGUCAGAAGCGAUCCAAUCCUGCCUUAGCUCCGCCCCAGGACCCGCCCACGACCCCGCCCAGACGCUGACAGAUCCCGCGGAAAUUCUUUCCCUAAGCGGAGUCUGCGCUGUUCGGGGGAACGCCUUUGUGCGCCUGCGCGGCCGCGGAUCGGGCGGGCAGUUUGAAUUUAGGCUCUGGAAGUUGGCGUCUGGAUUCGGCGAUUCGGUCGUGGACCGGUGCGCUCGGUCCCCAGACAUAGUGCGGGCUCUUCGCUCCAGACUCCUGCGAGGUCGCUGGCUCCGAAGCCGCCUGAAGAGGCAUCGCUUAGCAGGUUCGGGGAGCGGGCGGCACGGAGGGUCGGCCCCCGCCUUCCCCGACUGCGGGUUCCAGCCUGCGCAAACUCGCCAGGACCCUGCCUUGAAGACCACCUUAAGUAAAAUAGGAGAUGAGAUCAUUGCAGUAAAUGAGCUCCUAAAUAAAUUUGAAUUGGAAAUUCAGUAUCAAGAACAAACUAACAGUUCACUCAAGGAGCUCUGUGAAUCUCUUGAAGAAGAGUGUAAAGAUGUGGAACAUCUCAAAGAACACGUUCCUCCCCAUCUGCCUCAAGUGACGGCGACCCAGAGCUUAGUUCCCAAGCCAGAGCUGGAUCCAAAAGAGUCAGAUAAAGUUGAGGAGCCUGUACUGCCAAAGAAGCCUCCCAAAGAGCAGAGAAUUAUUAAGGAAAUGCAAUUUAUAACUAUGGAUGAAUUCAAUGACGUUCCUGCGUACAUGAAGUCCCGUUUAACAUAUUGUCAAAUUAAUGAUAUUAUUAAGGAAAUUAACAAGGCAGUAGUUAGCAAAUAUAAGAUUAUGCAUCAACCAAAAGCAUCUAUGAGCUCUGUGAAGAGAAAUCUCUACCAGAGAUUUAUUAAUGAAGAAACGAAGGACACGAAAGGUCAUCACUUCAUCGUGGAAGCUGACAUAAAGGAAUUCACGGCUUUGAAAGUUGACAAGAGGUUUUAUGUGAUCAUGCAUAUUUUGCGGCAUUGCCACAGACUGUCAGAGGUCCGAGGCGGGGGACUUACCCGCUAUGUCAUCACCUGAGGCUUUUGAAGACUUGGGACUGAUUGGCAGUAGGGUAUAGAGGGGAGUCUUGAAAUUUCAUGUAUGUUUUUAGCUUCUCCAUUUCCUGGCCUUGUUUGUUACAGAAGUAAAACUUUGGA